UGUUCUGAUUGGUGGGCUGCGUUAAGUUGUACUUCCGGGUCAGCAGCUACAGGUUGCCGUGGAACUUGCUGGUGGGGACAACACGUCAGCGGGCAUCAAAACAACUAGAAAUUGCAAGAUUUGUUUAUAUGAGAGUGUCAUAACUUCCCGCGCUGCAUUUAAAACACAUCUUCUGCCUUCAAUGGAUUACAGACACGCGGAUGUACAGAAAUCUCGCGUGUCGGCGCUAUAGCAUCAUGAAAGCUCAGAUUGAGUUUUCGCACUCAUUCAUUACGGACACUUUUGAACCGACCUACAGAACAUGAUCUAAAUAAUAACCGUGGCUGAGAGAGGUUACCGGAGCGUUUCUUGUGUCUUCCGCAUACCGAGCAGCAAAUAUCGGGACAUGUCGUCCCCGUCACCGGUGCAGAUCAGAGAAGCGAACGCGCAUCUGGCUGCGCUGUACGGCCGCGUCACAAACCUCGAGCAGAAACUGCAAGACGCGGAGAAAACCGUGCGCGAGCAGGCGGAGAGUCUCAUCCGUAAAGAUGAACAACUGAGAGCUGCCAUUCAAGAAAUCACAGAGGCCAAGGACAAAGAGAUAUCCUUCCUCCAUGAGAAACUUUGUCAAUCCGAGGAAUCCAUCCAUAAACUAAACCAAACAAUAAAGGAAAAAGAUUCUCUCAUUGGACAAUUACAGCACCGAUGCCAGCUGCUGGACAACAUCUGCAAAAGUCGUCCAUUACUGGACAGCAUGCUGGCUCAGAUGGCUGAAGCUGAGAGAAUGGGGCCAGUUAAUGACUUCGGGAAGCCUGCAACAAACAGCUCCAUGACAGACGGAGAGUCCAACUGCAGUCCCAGCCGUCUCUCCAAUCACAAAGACUUCUCACUGAGCGAGGAUGACUCCGAUGACCAGGAAUUAGACGGGGUUGUGUUUGGGACCACUGUAUGAGGGUCUCAUUUGAACUAGUACUUGUUCUCAGGUUUAGCGGCCUGUGUUUUUUUGAUGGUUACUUAUGAUUUUGUGUCUGGUCAUUAUUUAGUUAUACCCAUUGUGCCACAUGUUACGUCAGUGAAUGGGAUAUUAGCGUUAAUGAGAAGAUCGGUUUAUUCUGCCGUUUGCCUCUGUGCAAAACAAUGCAAGUAUGCAAUCUUUUAAGAUUUGCACCUCACUGAAUUAUAGUUUAAAAUAUGCUAGUUAGGUUUUAUUAUAAUUGUUAACUCGGUUUCUCAUUUUUAAUGUUUGCAUAUGCUGUGACAAGCUGAUUUUUAUUGUUACAUAAUCCACCUGCAGCUGUACUUUGCGACACAGAAGCGGUGAAAUGUUAACAUUUAUAAACAGUAGCUGCCCAUUUAGAUUUAAUUUACUGUACCAUGGCUGGGAAGUUGAAAAGUCUACAAAGAAUGCAUCCUGAUAUAAAUCCAGUGUCAUCUAUUGUACACCACACAUUGCUAACUAAGCAACUAGACAUUCUUACAUCAACAUGUUAACCUUGUAUGAAGUUGCAUAACUUAUGUUACACUUUGGGUUACACAUAAAUACACAGGUCAUAUUGGACACAUUGAUUUUGUUACAAUUAGUUUUUACCUAUGUAGUUGGUAGUGGCUAGGUUGUAUUUAAGGAUAAAAUAGUAACAUUUUAGGAAUCAACCCUAGGAGGCAUCUUUGAAGAAAGAGUUACUGAAACACCCACCAAACAUUGUGUCUUUGAGCACAGCGCUGAAUCACAAGACUGCCGGUAUGUGACAGCAUGACAUAGUGGUGUACACCAGAUGAACACUGUAAUUUAUGUUGCAUUGUAUGUAAUUAAGUGAUCUAUGCAGUGAAGAUGUACUGAGAGCGACUAAAAAUAGCCCCAUCUGAUAAACAGAGAGCAAUUUCCAACAAAGAGAGGACUAGUGCUUACAAACGAUAGGCCGGUGAUGGUCAAGCAGUUUUAUUUAACCGUGUCGGUAUGGGAAAUAGUGAAUGAGCCAUGAUGGGUGUCUGUAUUUUUGCUGUUAUAUCAGUUUUGUUGAUGAUGUGAAGCCAAUUCAAAGCCAUGUAGAUAUGGAUACUGUAUAGAUCUUUCUUCAUAUUAAUUUUGUUUACUUGUACAUUUAAUUCGGCCUAGCAAAAUUAAGUCUAUGCAAGUCUGUUAUAUUUUGCCAUAUUUAUGAGUAAAGCUUUGUGGAUACACAGGUGAUGAAAUGCAAUUGUACUGGAGGGCAUUAUUCACGUGGGUAUUUACAGUAUAUCAUUUGUCCCGUUAAAAUAUGGUGGUUACGCAAUAUUUCCGUGUUAGUUUUAAGAGUUACGUGUCGUACUGCAUUGAAGCAUGGUACAUAUUGGGGCAUAACAUAUCAGUCUUGCUGGUGCCCUGUACAGAAAUGUGUAUGCUGACAUUUUUCUCUACAGAUAAAGUUAAACAGUGCCUAAAAGACACUUGGGUAUUUAGUCAAUGGAAUUAUUUAUUAAAAAAAAAGAAAAAUCUAAUAAAUUAUUUUGUUAUUCA